AUGAUAGCCAAAGGUGGUGCAUUUGGUGGAAAUAGAGGAUUGAGGCCAGUACCACCAGAAAAAGGCAUCUUCCCCUUGGACCAUUUGCAUGAAUGUGAUUUGGAGAAGAAAGAUUACCUCAACUGUCUCAAAUCUUCUGGUCACCAAUCUGAAAAAUGUAGACUUUUCUCAAAAAAGUACCUAGAAUGUCGUAUGGCAAAAAACUUGAUGGCUAAGCAAGACAUGUCAGAACUUGGGUUUGGAAAUGUUUCUGAGAUAGAUGCUUCAGUAGAAAAGCCCAAUGAGAGGAUUAAUAACUGA